AGCGGCUGAUUGGCGUUAGCAGGAAAGCGAAAGGUGCAGAAAAUAAACUGUUCUACGUGACCGUUUGCCACAGUCCCUUUGAUGCAGACAUCUUUAUUACAGCAGCUCGUCCAUUCACAGAGAUAUUGGAAGAUUUGCUAUUAGUUGUGCUAGUUUUGCAAGCGGCUGAUAUGGGCAUAGUUAAGCAAAAUCUGUAUAAAAAGGCUUGGCAUUUCCAGAGUUUAUUCAGUUUGUGUCUUCCACUUGUUUCAGCAGUUAAGCUUGAAUAUAUCUAAAAUUUGAGCUUUCCACACCACUUUCAGCCGACAGCUAACUAACGGAUUAAGAAUUCAAAUACUAAAAUGUACACUAAAAAUAUGUUCACACAUGUCUUCUUGUUGUGCGCCAUCGGCUUCAUUGCGAUAAGUGCAGGCGAAGGAAAUGUGGAGGUAAAAACGUUAACACCGGAGAAGUCCUUGAAUCGCCGCAGUCUGUCUGGAUUUGGCAGCGAGUCAGGCCACACAGUAGCUAUCAGCGCCAGCCCUUGGUUGGGCGGUGGCAAUGAUGCACAUUUCGGUGGCGGUUUUGGGGCCCUAGCUGUCAGUGGCUGGAAUCCUUGGAAGAACUUUGCUACGAGUCACAGUUCGGCGCCUUCACCCAGCGAGGUGGCUAAUGCCAUUGCCUCCGCAAAGCAAGCUUCUGCCAAUGUACUAAUUGCGCAACAACAAAUGCAGGCCGCUAAAGAGAAUGUGCUCAAUCAGCAACGCAUGGCUAUGGAGAAGGAAACAGCUGCCGCCAUACUUACACAGAAGUCCGAGGCAGCUGCCGCUAUUCAACGCUCCGAAGCAGCGGCUGCCGCACAGGCUGUAGUGUUGGCGCAGCAACGUUUGGCCGCGUCAAAGGCCGCGGUGGCGCAUCAACAACGUAUUGCUGCGGCGCGUGAAGCUGAAGCAGCAUCGGCAUUGCAACGAUCGGCCCAUGCCGCAGCAGCUGAGAUACAGAAAACCGAAUAUGAAGCCUCCAAACUGGGACAAUAUACACGAAACGGUAAUGCUGGCGCGGCACAUCAUCUCACCUUGACUAAGGAUGUGGCAUUCAGUCCCAUAACGGCAGGCACCAAUCACGUACCCAAUGUGCAGUCGUUAGGUCCAUGGGCGAGCAGUGGCGGCAAGGGAUCGACUGGUGGUGGUGCUGGUUCCGGCGGUUGGCUGUAAAGCGCUCAAUUUGAAGUUCAAUAUACAUAUACUCGUAUGAACAUGUUUAUUACACUCUUUUUAAUAUUUUUUAAUAACUAAUUUAUAUAUUAACUAUUGCAAUAAAAAAGCACUUUGCUGCAUGAAAUCAUAAAUAG